CUUCAAAGAGGGCAACGGAGUUCCGAUGAAAGUUUACUGAGUUUUCUUGUGACGUCGGGUUGGUAGGGUUCUUGCUAUAAAUAGUCACGGGAUUGGAGUUCGAUCUCGGGGCAGCGAGGCGAUAUUUUUCUGGGGUUGGGUUUGGUGGAUCGUGGACCUCGAAAUGGCGCGCCUUUGAACCCCUUCGAUUCGUGGGAUUUCUGAUUCUGGACUUCCGGAGGAUCUUGAAUGGAGAUCGUAGGUCCCGUUACGCCCGGCCAGGUGGCGGUGCUUCUUGGGUUCGUCCCGAUUUUUUUGGGGUGGCUGUAUGCUGAGCUGCUAGAGUUAUGGAAGAACUCUCGGUUUUUCGGGAUGCAUUCUGAUGACGAUUCUAUUGCUUUGGACAUCGGAUCACUUGGGGAAGAAGCUAAAACUCAAUUACUAGCUGGAGGUUUUUCGGUAGGAUCUUCAGUAGCUCACAAGCAAAGACCAGGGCUUGUCAGGUUUUUCAUGAUGGACAAGGAUUUUCUAUUAGAGAACCGCUUGACUUUAAGAGCCAUAUCAGAAUUUGGAGUCGUGUUGGCCUAUUUCUACACAUGUGACAGAACAGAUCUUUUUGGAGAGUCAUCAAAGAGCUACAACAGGGAUAUUUUCUUUUUUCUGUAUUUUCUUCUCAUCAUUGUCGCAGCGAUGACGUCAUUCAAAAUCCACCAUGAUACCUCACCAUCGUCAUCCAAGUCAGUACUAUACCUGAAUAGGCACCAGACCGAGGAAUGGAAGGGGUGGAUGCAGGUGCUCUUUGUGAUGUAUCAUUACUUUGCGGCCAAAGAAAUUUAUAAUGCAAUUCGUGUCUUCAUUGCUGGUUAUGUGUGGAUGACUGGAUUUGGUAACUUCUCUUAUUACUAUGUCCGUAAAGAUUUCAGCUUCGCACGGUUUUGUCAGAUGAUGUGGCGGCUGAAUUUUUUUGUGGCAUUUUGUUGUAUUCUCCUCGAUAACCAUUAUAUGCUGUAUUACAUCUGCCCGAUGCACACAUUUUUCACCCUGAUGGUCUACUGUUCGCUUGGAAUUUUUAACAAACACAACAAUAAGGGAUCAGUUAUUGCUGUCAAAAUUGCUGCCUGUUUUGUGGUGAUUGCUGUGAUAUGGGAGGUACCACAUGUCUAUGAUAUUGUUUGGAGCCCUUUUGCUUUCCUCUUAGCUUACAAUGAUCCAGACGCGACAAAGAAGUUCCGACCAAUGCACGAAUGGCAUUUCCGUGCUGGUCUUGAUCGCUAUAUAUGGAUAUUAGGAAUGAUAUAUGCCUACUAUCAUCCAACAGUCGAGAGAUGGAUGGAAAAACUAGAAGCAACUGAAGCAAAGUUGAGAAUAUUUAUCAAAACUUCCAUUACGGCAAUCUGCCUACUGGCUGGCUAUAUGUGGUAUGAAUACAUAUACAAGCUUGAAAAGUACACUUACAACAGAUACCAUCCCUAUACAUCAUGGAUACCAAUAACUGUGUAUAUCUGCUUGAGGAACAUCACUCAGGAAUUUCGAAGCUAUACUCUCACCCUAUUUGGGUGGCUCGGGAAGAUAACACUGGAGACCUACAUAUCUCAGUUUCAUAUAUGGCUAAGAUCAGGGAAGCCUGAUGCACAGCCUCGACGACUACUGUCUCUUGUACCCGACUACCCUAUGCUGAAUUUUAUGCUCAACACCAUCAUAUAUGUCGCUGUUGCACAUCGAGUGUUCAAUCUGACGAACCAACUGAAGGUGGUGUUCAUACCAACCAGGGAUAACAAGCGACUGCUGUAUAAUGUGAUUACAGGAGCCAUCAUCUCGAUCACCCUCUACGCUUUGUCGCUGGUGUUGCUCAGUCUCACGAAGAAGCUGCACACCGAGGCAUGAGAAGUCCGAUCGACAAACAAACAUGCCAUAUUUGUAUGUGAUGCUCAUUGGUGUCUACUAGUAGGCAUAAGUUUGACCACAGAUUGAGGCGUCUGAGGCUAAUUUUGACCUUGAUGCCUCAAAGGUCAGCAAGUCUUCAUUCUUGAGUUGUUUGCUGUGCAAUAAGUUGAUGUAAAUAUGCAAUUUAUGUGAACUCUGUUGUUUCCUUUGCCAA